AUGUCAGGUAUAACCUUAAGAUCAAAUGAAUCUCAAAUUCCAAUCCUUUUGGACCGUCUACAAGAGAUUUCUCAGUCCCUUGAGCGAGCCCCUCAUAAGCGAAGUUCUUUUAGAGCUGAUCCGGAAUCCAUCAUGGAAGAUUAUCUUGCAGAUGUUUCAGAUGCGCGAAAAAAAGCCCAGGAAGCUAUCAAACUUGCCAGAAAAUUCCAUAAGGCUUAUCAAAAAUCUUAUGCUAAUAGUAAAGAAUUUUUCAGAAAAGGCGAAGAGCUUCAAGAGAAAAUUGAAGAAAUGGAAUCCCAGAUCAGGGACCAACAAAGCGAGCUGAUUUCUCGUGAGCAGCGCUGUGAUGGGUUGACUAGUGAAAUUGCUGAUUUAGAAAAAUUAUUUAAAAACACAAUAAGCGAGAAUUCUCAGCUGAAAAGAGAGAUUAAUAGCUUAAAGAGGGAAAUUACACAAAAGGAGCAAGAAAUCAAAAAGAAGCCUAAAAAAAGCACAAAAAAUGAAAAUAAUGAAAGGGAAAGUGACAAAGCUCUCCAAAAUGAGAUCGUAAUUCUGACUGGAGAGUUAAAACGGCAGGUUGAAGAAAUUGAAGACCUCCACUUCAAGUUAAAAGAAGUUAGCAAUUUAUUACAGAUAGAAAAAAGUGCCAGUGAAAGGCUAAGGAAUUUUAUAACACAGAUUAAAAACGAAAACUUUGAGCAUGGAAAAGAAAUUGAAGAGCUGAAAAUAGAAAAAAGCAUGAUGGAAGAAAGAAUAUUAGGCUUAAAAAAUGAGCUGGUGCAAAUGAAGACUUAUAAUGAACAGCUUGAAAGAGAAUAUGACAACCAAAGGAGAAGAGCGACGCUAACCGAAAUCCCAAAAGAAUUAAAUAAAACCGUAAAAAUGGUUAUAAAAGAAGAGCAUGAAGAAGAAAGUGACAAAGAAAGUGGCAGUAUUGUUAGCGAUGAGAGCGAGAGUGAGAAAGAAGAAAAUGGAGGAUUUAGCUUAGAAAUAGAAGAAUACAAUGAAAAUAUUCAUAGAGCUGAUACUAGAGCAAAAACAGCACCAGCUCCUGUAGAAGAAACUUUAGGAGAUUAUUUAGGAGAAGAAGAGGAAGAGUCCAAUUCAAGUGAUAAUCCAUAUUUCAUGGUUUCAUCACCUACAUCAAAAUUCAGCAUAAAUGGCGACUCGUCGCCAAAGGACAACAAAGUAUUUUUCUUGAGCUCUCCCAAAGCAAACUAUGAUUUGCAGUAUCCAUCUUUUCAGUUUGAUAGUAGCAAUGAUAAAAAGAUUUGCCAUUGUGACGAUAUUUCUGUCAGCUCUAAACCAGCUGAGAGCAAAAGGAAAGAAAUUUGCGUAGUAAACAGUGAAAUUUUAAUUUUUCCAAAGGCAAAAGCGCAAAAGCAUAUAACUCAAUGCGAAGGAAUUUUAAUUGAAAAAGUUCUAAAGCCAGAAUUGCAAUUGGAGAACAGUGAAAAGAUUUUAAUAAAGCCUAAGGAAAAGCCCACGCUGCAUACGAAUGAGGCAGAAAAAAUAUUAAUAUUGCCCAAGGAAAAGCCAAAACUGCAGCUAAAAAUUACUGAAAGUAUGAUGAUUUCGCCUGAAGAAAAACCAAUCCUAGAGCUAAAAACGAUCGAAAAAUUGAUGAUUUUACCUAAAGAAAAACCUAAACUAGAGUUAAAGAGUGAGAAUAAGCUCAUUAUUUUGCCAAAGGAGAAAGCCAAAUUGCAACUAAAUUUGAUUGAAAAUCUCAUGAUUUUCCCAAAGGAAAAAGCUAAAUUAGAUAUAAAACUGAUACAUAAACUCAUUAUUUUGCCAAAGGAAAAACCCAAGCUCGAGCUAAAAACAAAUGAAAAAAUCCUUAUAAUUCCAGUUGAGAAGCCAAAACUUAUUAUGGAAAAUUUCAAAUCAUGCUUACCUCCUCUUCAAAAGCCAAAGCUGCAGCUGAAUCAAGUAGAAAACUUACUCAUUCUGGCAAAAAUAAAACCCAAGAAAUCACUUAUAAAUUGUGGACACAUUUUUGUGCACCCUCUGCAAAAAGUCGAAGUGGAGCAGCAUAUUUCAGAUAAACCUACAAUUACUUUGCAAUCAAUAUCAGUUUUUUCUUUAUCAAUAUCAAAACAGCUUAAAAAGGCCCUUGCAAUCAUUUCGAUGAAUUCUUUAUCACUUUGCAAUCAAAAAUUGCCAAAUAAUUUCCUGAUAGCCAAUGAAAAAUUAAUAUCAAUUCCAUCAUAUAAACAGAAACUAGAAUUGCAAAAUAUUCAAAAACUAAAAAUUUGAUCACUUCCUAAGCUUUCUUACAGCAAGAACAGUGAUGUACAUAUUCUGGAAACUAAAAAUGUUCAGCUGGAAGUCCAAAGCAUCCAAACCUUAAAAAUCUAUUCACCUCCGAAGUUUUCUUGCAGCAAGAAUGAACAUAUAAAUAUCUUGGAAACCAAAAAGCCUCAAUUGGAGCUCCAAAAUGUCCAAAAAUUACAAAUUUAUUCGCAUCCUAAGCUCUCUUACAGUAAGAACAGUCAUAUAAAUAUAUGGGAAACUAAGAAAACUGAAAUAAAGCCUUGUCUUUCUAUAAGUUCAGCCAGUAUUUUUCCAGAAAAACCAAUUUCUAUUUUACCUCUAAAGUCUUUAUUAGAGGUCCAAAACGUUCAAAACACAAAAUUGGGCUUAAAUUCUUUCCUUUCCUCCUCAACUCAUGAUCAAAUUCACAUUAUUUCACCCAAGCCUAAGCCCCAAAUUUUCCAGAAGCUACCAAAGGUAGCUCAUCCUCUUCAAGCAUUUAGCUUUUGCUAUUUAGAAAGCAUUUUUAUUCGUUCCAAAAAUAAUUUGUCUGAUAACUCCAGUAUAAAUUCAGACGAUACAACUUCUUCAAGACGAUCUCGGCUUAAUGCUCCUCAGUCAAGAGACCCAAUUAAAGAAUUUUUUAUUUUUGUAAAUUUCAUGUAGACGUGUCAAGCUGCCAAACUAAACAGCAAAUACAAAGAUCGACUGGGGAGAGUCCCUGUUAAUUCAUUAUAUAGUAAAGUGCUAGAAGAAGGAAUUCCAUUUAAUAAAUGGCAUGACUAUGUUCAAGAGGAAUUGCAUAAAGAGUUUGGAAAAUGCUAAUUUUUAUGGUUCUUUUGCACGAUGCCGAUUUCAUAACUACUAUUUUUUCCCCUUUUUUUUGUUGAUGCUUUUGGCCUUUUUUUUUGGCUUAGUUUUUGUGGUCUAUUUUUUUUGGCCUAUUUUUUAAUUCUAAAAAUUUUAUAGUAUAACUUUUGUCAAAACUAGACUAAAAUUGAUUGUAAAACACCUCGAAAUAGUCAAUAUGGAAUCACUUUCAAAGCAAAUAGGUCAAAAUAGGUUCAAACAUCAUUUAAGAAAAAAAAGAAUAGGCCAAUAAAAAGCAGGGACAAAAAAAAAGCCAAAAAAAUAAAAAGGUGGUGAAAAAUAUAGGCCAAAAUAAGGCUAAAAAAUAGUUUUUUAUGAAAACCCGAA